GUCAAUGCAUGGGGUUCCUGUUUUUGCGGUGGGUCUGAUUAUGUGCGUUUCGUAACAGCGCACAGAAAACUCCUGGGAACCUACAGCGCAUAUUUCUCGGCAACGACGCCCUGUGAACUGAGGAACUGAAAACGGCUAUCUUGCGGACACAUCAACACAGCUCACAAGAAGUGCGCAACAACCUAUGGCAACAACACAGGAAAAGUUCCCUUGCUAAGUCAAGUUCCGGAUGUCACGCGCUGGUUUGCGGCCACAUAGAGCCCCGGGUGCCCAGUGUCGCUUUUGACACCUUAACCGCAAAAUGACACGGGGGAGGUUUGCUGUGGUUUGCCUGGUAUGACGGAGAUUUAAAUAUUCUCGACUGAGUCAUUUUACUCUUUUCCCAAUGUUUCUACACGCGGAGAGCAAGGUGUCUGUUGUUUUUUGUGUUCGACACCUAUUUUGUUGUUGUUGAUGGUUUCCGCAUCCUUCCCGUAUGGAGUAGGCUUGGCCAUAACCAGGGAUUGCGUGGGAAAGAAACGAAAUCGAAACUUGGGCUACGCGAGUCUGAAAAUGGAGUUCAAUUGUUUGACGUCGUCUACACUUAUGCGAUGAACAUAACUGGAUUUUUUAUCUUUUGCGCGGCUUGCACAGUCCUCUGUCGAGCCUUGGAGCCUCCUCCUCCUCCAUACGAUGUGGGUCUGGAGCGGAAUAAAGCACUUCUGAAGUGGAGGAGUUCAGACUCCCACAACACCACCUACACCGUGCAGUACCACAUCGGCAGAGAGGAUGGAGUGUGGCGUGACCUGCCGGGUUGUGUGAACACGCCGGAGAAGCAGUGUGACUUCAGCGCCAUGGCAACGCAACUCUACGGAGCAACGCUGCAAGUGCGCACCCAACGACACAACGUCUCAUCUCCAUGGCAACAGAGCAAGCAGGAAGUGGGAUGUGUUCACACUGGUUCCUGCUCUCCUGAGGUGGUUGCCAUGGCGUCUCCUGGUUACCUGAGUGUCCAGAUGGAUCGUGACCAGAGCCUUCAGUACGAGCAUGAGGGACAUCUGAGCUACAGAGUGCUCUACAGCAGGGAGGGAGAGGACAUGAAGGUGUUCUGUGAGGGCUGUGGGUCAGCGGUGCGAGUGGAGCCGUUACCUGUUGGAGAGCGGUACUGUGUACAGGUGCACUACCUGCUCUACAGCAAACCAUACGGCUCACCCAGCGAUCCUGUGUGCCGGCUUAUCCCACACUCAGAGCGGGAGAAGGAGCUGUACCUGGCGGUGUCUCUGGCUGCUGCUUUCUCCGUGCUGGUGGCUUUGAGCAUCGGCUGCUACUGUUUCAUCAACCGCCACUACACACACAUCAAGGACUUCAUGAGACCACCCUGCAGUAUACCUGACCACAUUAUUAAGUUCUUGUCAGGAAAGUUUGUCCAUCAGACGCUGUCCAAUCCCGGUGCAGAGCUGCAGUCACAUGACCUCAUCAGCAGCAUUGACCCAAUCAGAGGGUCUGACUCCUGUGGACAGCAUGACCAACACGAGGAAAAGGAAGAAAGAGGAGGGGGGAGGGGGCCACAGAGACAACGAGGGCUCUGGGUACAACUCUAACUCAUCACUGAUAUCACACACACACACACACACACACACACAUGAACAAAUCUCACUCCAAGCUGAGUUCAAAACUUCAGAACCCUGAACUUGACCAUGAGUGUGAGUUUGUGUGUGUGUGUGAGUGUGUGUGUGUGUGAGUUUCAGUGUGUGUGUGUGUGUGAUUGUGUGUGAGUUUGAGUGUGUGAGUGAGUGUGUGUGUGUGUGUGUGUAUGUGUGAGCGAGCAAGUGGGUGGGCAUGUGUGUAUCUUGUUUGUGUUGCCAAUCAUCUACGCUAUGCUACGAAUAGUGUGUGUUUGAGUUAGAGAGAUCACAGAACAGACUCAUUCAAUAAAGUUCAGUAGUGUAUAGGUCUAAUUGAGUGCCUGCCACUUUAAGACGUUUGUGAGGGAAUCCUUGCAAUUAACAUUAACACAGUUAAAAGGCUGCUGAUGUGUGGAUGCAAUU